AUGAUGAAUGAAAAAGUGAGAGUUGAAAUUCUGAAUUAUUUGACGAGUUUGAUAGAAAGUGGAUGUGUAAAUUCUGGUUCUGGGAUUGAAGAGAAAAGCAGAGUCAUGGUGAAAGUUGAAGCACUACCUAUAGUAGGGAUGAUGAUGACUGAGUGUGCUCAAGCUGGGGUAAUGGGACUUGCUGGUUUAAAUUACGCCUCUGCUACGCUUAACACAGCCAUGCUCAAUCUCAUUCCAGCCUUUACAUUCAUACUUGCCUUACUAUUCAGGAUGGAAAACCUGAACUGGAGGAGGGUCAAGCAUGUGGUUGUUGGGACUGCUUUACGUAUCAGUGCCGUAGCAUGGUGCCCGCUGAGAACAGGACCUGUUUAUGUUUCUAUGUUUAAGCCCCUUGCUGUUGUUGUCGCAGAUGUCAUUGAUGUAAUUUUUCUGGGACAAGCUCUGCAUCUCAGAAGGCCAGAGAAGGGAAACUGCAUGAGGACAGUGGAGAAAGGUAGUGGUCAGAAUCAUCAUCUGAAAGCAACCCCCCCUGCUGCAAAGUGCAAAAUUAGACUCAAGAGACACAGAUUUGUCUUGUGUAGAAACCAUGGUCUUAGACGUCUUUGUAAUUUUGAUGUGUUUUAG